CUGGUCAUGGCCGCUGGCCGGCCCGGGGGGAGGUAGCGCAAGUACUCCGUCUCCGCGGCGCAAGUCGCGAUAAAAACCGAUACCGUUAAUCUGCUGUCGCUUCGGCUAAAAUGACUGUUUUCCGACCGGACAAGCUCCUUGAAAGCAAAACAGGCGGAGUAAAGUGAAUCCUAACCACGCAGGACAGAGCCGACCAGACGAAGCCCGGACCCGAUCUGCCCGCUCCUGUCACUGUGACAGCGAGUGUCGGACCCACGCUGCGGCUGUCUGCGCGCGCUGGGCUGCGGGAUUCUGCGGUUACCUUCAUGCCAGUCGUUUAAAAAUUCAUUCGGACUGAAAGUGCUGAGACAGUCUGGUGAGUCCUCGUUCCCCACCUCCCGCCAUCUCAGUGCCAUUGGUGUGGCCAUGGUGCAGAAGGAGAAGCUGGAGGCAGUGCUGAACGUCGGCUUGCGUCUGCCCAGCAUGGUGCUUCUCGAGGUGCUGUACCGCUGCGACGUCAGCUCCCUCUUCCAGUACAGGUAACUGCUUCUGUACCUGCACUACAUGGGUGAGGGUCUGCCACACUCUGGCCUGUGCACUCACCCCUCGCUCUCGGGGAAUCGGCGGAUACGUGUUUUCCUCAAAAGGUAAUACUAAUGGCACCCGCUUCAGGGGCAAGACGUUGCCUUUACCGGACUCUCGUUUUUGGAAAGACAUUGGCUGAUUAGUAUCUAACGAGGACGUGCACAAAUGAGAGUUGAAUAGCCCUGCUUGAGUGAUUGUGUCAGACCAGUACACACUGUUAUUAGCUGUAAUUUCUUUAAAUCUGAUUUCUACAUUCCUUUUUAGGCUCAUUAAAGGUAUGUUCUAUGGCUGUUGCCCCUCAGGAGUAUUUGUUUAAUAUCUGAAAGAAUCUGUUUUCUGGGCCAGUCUGUUUGACCUUAGUGGGGUAUAGUGCUGAUGUGGUCCUGGAGCUCUGCAUACUCUUGUACUGUAAGCUAGGUAUCGCUGGGGAGCAAUGGCACCCUUCUCUCCCCUUAAUCAUCCUGCAUGUUCCUGAUUCUGAUCUGGCUUUGAUGAGACCUCACAUCUGUUCUCAGACAGAUGUUGCUUGGCGGAGCGGACAGGCUACGUAGCAUUUGGUUGGUGUCCACUGGCUGUGACUGACUCAAACUUCCAUUUCACACAUGUACUUUUCAUACUGCUUAAAGCCAGGCUCCUUGCGCAGUGGCCCAGAGGGUGGUCUCUGAGCAGUCCCACAGAGCUGCUGUGGGAGGCGGCGCAGCUGGGGUCCGCGAGCAUGUUCUAGUCUGCUCGAUCACUGCCCUUGUCUGUCUUCCAGGGGACCUUGUACUUUCAUGGCAGUGGCAUCUUGCAUCCCGCUCUUCAAAGCAGCCUCCCAGUGCUGGAUGGUAUUUCUGUAGCUCCAUACUGUAGUGCCUGUAUGGGUGCAGCAGGGGGCAGUAGGGAGGGCAUUUUUGCAGCACCUGGCUGAAUGGGCUGCUUUUGAGGGUGUGACUGCAUGGGUCAAUGAAAUUAGGGGUUUAUCCGUGAUGCAUACUAGGCUUGCAACAGUUCUACAAAAAAGCAGAACCCUGAUGCAUACUAGGCAUGCAACAGUUCUCCAAAAAUAGCAGAACCCUGUGCACAGGUGGCGCACGGUCUCUCGUGUUGGUGUCUCACGGUUACCCUCUCAUGUUGGCAUCCCACGGUCGCCCUGUUGCUCAGGUGUCCCGCAGUCACCCUGUACGUAGACUUCCAUAGUGCCUGGUAUGCUUUGAACAUAGAGUUUUGGUGCAUUUCUCUGCCUAGUGAGCUGCUCUCCCUACCUGUGCAACAUCCCUCCAACUUCGCGGUGAUGGAAAUGGUCCCCCUGUGGUCAGAAUCGGGUUAUGGCUCAGGCACAUGUUCCUGACGUGCUGUGGUCCUGUCUAAAAGUGUGUCAUGCAGGAUACAUCCUUAGCGUGGUUCUGCUCACGCUGCCACGGCAGUGCCUGGUGCGGCUCUACCUGUACAUCCUCACUGCUCUGCUACUGUUCGCCGCCCACCAGAUCUCCAGGGAUUAUGUCCGCAGCGAGCUGGAUUCUGGCUGCUGGGCCCGCUGUACCUGGAGCCUCUGUCUAUGCAUCACUUCACCACGGCCCCCGUGUCAGGACCACCGGUGCAGUCAGGCUCCUCCCAUGGACCGGUGGACCCCUGGCUUCCUGCUUCCCCGCCCUGCUGGGCCCCAGCCGGCUUACUGAGGGAGGCGACACUUGAAACUGAUGGGUUUGUUAAGGGAUCAAGACCCCAUUGAAUAAAAUUGCAUGCUGGGUCGGGCGAGGGCUCUACUCCCGUCUUUGUGUGUGACGGGCCAGCUGGUGGUCUGCGCACUGUGUUCCUGUGUCAUGCAGACCAAGCGUAUUUGGCUCUUCUCCGCUCACCUGCUCCCCCUGGUGGCUCGCCUGUGCCUGUUCCCGCUGGAGGCCAUUGUCUUCGUCAAUCAAUUUGCCAUGAUCUUCACAGGCCUGGAGGUGCUCUACUUCUUAGCUUCCAACUUAUUGGUUCCCUACUACCUGGCCAAGACAGCAUAUAGUGAGCUGAUACAGGUACAAAUCCGAGUAGCCUGGUUUUGCUGCUGCUAGCUGGUGGCGCUCAGCGACCUCCGCUCCUCUCUCUGACAGCUGAAGGUGGCCGGCUUCUUCAUACAAGUGUAUGUUGUUUUUCGAUGAGACGUUCUCCAGUUACCAUUCGGGCGUGACUGGGUGCGUGUCACCAGCAGGGUCUGCCGUUUCAUGUCAGUCACAUUCACUCUGCUCUUACUCUCAUUGUUGCACAUUCUCCACCCUCUUCCUGCAUCGCUUCAUCAAGGUGGUGGAGGUGUACGGCCUUGUAGCACUGGGGAUGUCCCUCUGGAACCAGCUGGUCCUGCCGGUGCUUUUCAUGUGCUUCUGGCUGGUGCUGUUCACCUUGCAGAUCUGCACAAACUUCAGCUCCCGCAACCAGCCCACCUCACGCGAGAGGCUGCUAUUCCUCUCCCUCACCAGCAUUGCGGAAUGCUGCAGUACUCCCUACUCCCUCCUGGGCCUGGUCUUCACCAUGUCCUUUGCGGCCCUGGGUGUCCUCACCCUCUGCAAGUUCUACCUGCAGGGUUGCUGUGCCUUCAUAAAUGACAACACCACGCACCGGGGUAUGACCGAGGGCGUCACCCUGCUGAUACUGGCCAUGCAGACAGGCCUGAUCGAGUUGCAGGUCAUCCACCGGGCCUUCCUUCUCAGCAUCAUCCUCUUCAUCAUGGUGGCAUCCAUCCUGCAAUCCAUGCUGGAGAUCGCCGACCCAAUCGUGCUGGCGCUGGGGGCCUCCCGGAACAAGAGUCUCUGGAAGCACUUCCGGGCGGUCAGCCUCUGCCUCUUCCUGCUGGUCCUCCCGGCCUACAUGGCCUACAUGAUCUGCCAGUUCUUCCACAUGGACUUCUGGCUUCUCAUCAUCAUCUCGUCCAGCAUCCUCACCUCGCUGCAGGUGCUGGGGACCCUGUUCGUCUAUGUGUUGUUCAUGGUGGAGGAUUUCCGCACGGAGCCCGUGGAGAACAUGGACGACGUCAUCUACUGCGUGAACGGCACCUACCGGCUGCUGGAGUUCCUGGUGGCCCUGUUUGUCGUAGCCUGCGGCGUCUCCGAGACGGUCUUGCGCGAGUGGACCGUCAUGGGCUCCACCAUCAUCUUCGUCCACUCCUACUGCAACGUGUGGCUGCGCGCGCAGCUGGGCUGGCAGAGCUUCCGGCUGCGCAGAGAUGCUGUCAGCAGGAUCAGGAGCAUGCCCGUCGCCACCAGCGAGCAGCUGGAGCAGCACAGCGACAUCUGUGCCAUCUGCUACCAGGAAAUGACAUCUGCCAUCAUCACCCCCUGCAGCCAUGUCUUCCAUGCGGGCUGCCUGAAGAAGUGGCUGUAUGUGCAGGAGACCUGCCCACUUUGCCACAAUCAGCUCAAGGGGCUGCCCCCGCCUCCAGUGGCCCAGGGCACCCCACAAGGUCCGCCUCUGCCACCAGCCAGUCACAGCCUGUUGGAGGCAGGAAUCCCUGACGCAGAGGUCUGCUCUCCUGACGUAGCAGAGUGUACAGCUCGAAGAAGCACGGGUUGCCCUGACCCCGACAUGCUGACAGAGCAGACUGCUCCCAGCUGUGCAGAGGUUCCUCUCCUCAUGCCCUGGGUCUCCUGCGCGAAUCUCCACUCUGCCCAACCACACAGAGAGGGGAGUGGGAGGGAGCCGAGCCCGCUACCCACAGGAGGCCGGGGGGAGGUGCGUAGUGGACUCUCCCUGCAAAGCAGCCCCCUUGCUGUGCCAGACCAACCUAUAUCCCCCGGCAGUCUGGCUGUCACACUCGCUGCAGAGCAGGAAGAUAGCAGGCUGAAAUGAAGGACCAGGCCUCAGUGGGUUACAUGCACUCUCCCGUGUCACCAUGCCUGUUGGCGAUCUCCCCGCCCCGGCCUGCCAGCCUCCCUUCAUGCCUGGGCAUCCGUGUGCCCUCUGACCCACAGCAACUGCUGAUUAGUUACUGCCUGUUCACAGCCUUCCCCUCAUUUCUGGGGCCUUCAUAUUAACAUUUCAUGCACCCUUGUUAUAUUAACUGCCCACCUUGUUAUAUCAACACAAUUGAUGACUGUCUGACUGUCUCUGAUAAAGAAGGGUAGGAGAGAUCAUUAAACACCUGACUGGAUGUGAUGGAGUGACCUUAACUGAGUGGAGAUAGCACUUGUUGUACUAAAAGCUUUAAUCGCGCUUUGGCUAAGCCCACCGUCACUGACUCAUGAUGGCUGUUUGAUUUCCUCCUGGCUCGUGUUAGACAUGAUGCUGCGAUUGCACUAAUGUAGUCAAAGCAAUGCUCCUAGCAAUGUCUUGUCACGGACCAAAUAAUUUUGGUUUCUGUGCAGAAAACUGGGGAAAAAAUGCAUGCAUCUCCUACAAUAAUUAUGUUAUGAUGAGAAAGGUCACCUAACAGGUGCCUUUGGGGUCAGUUUGAGCACAUGGUAGGGGUGAGAGAGAUGUAUGCACAUAUGCAAAGGUAUUUUUGGUAUUUUGCUGUGGUGAUGCUUUGCCGGCUCACGUGAAGUGGGCAGCAGCUUCUGUGAACACUUUGGCGCCCUCUAUAGAUCAAAGUGGGAAAAGCUCCUGGCUACGGAUUGAGAUUUUGGCAAAAGCAAAAUAGCAAGACUAUUAACUGGCACCAGUACAUGGGAUUUAUUGCAUUUCUGUGAAUGUAUAUAAUGCACACAAAUCGGCAAAUGCUUCCGCGGAAAACGGAACGUCUGACGUAUGAACGUCACUCGUAUGCUCAUGCGUCUUUGUGUGUUUUACAUAGAGAACUUGUCUGGAGGGUAUAGAAGCCCUAAACCAAACUUCUUUUUUAUUAUAAAAACCAGAAACAUGAGCUACUGUCCCACGAAUGCUGGCUUCUGCUCGUACUGUGAUGUAGUGACCUGUUAGGGAAUGAACCCAAGGUCACAUUUUUAUUUUAUAAAACUGAAUGUUGCAGUAACUGGAAA